AGCUCGUGCAUAGGAGAAUCGUGUUGAAUGCGCAGCUACCACGACGUUUCUUCAGGCUGCAGAUGAUCCGAUAGUGCAGGAAGGAGGGGCGCUCCAGCCGGAAUCAUAGGGACAGAUGCAGGUGAAGGCAGGAAGGACGUUGGGUCGUGGACGUGAUAUGGGCAUUGGGUGACGAGGUUGUGCGAGUGACGCCGGCGAGGAAGUCUGGCUCUAGGACAGGUUUAUGCCGAAGCCGCCUCGCAGGUAUCACCGUCAAAUCCUCAUGCUAAGUCAGCCACGUUGUUCGGCAGUCAUUCGGCCGGUUCUGCUGUUCGUGUUCUGCUGCUUCUUGAAUCGCGCGCACUACGUUGGAACCUGGAAUUACCAUCCGAAUCUUAUCCCUCACAGUCACAGAGAGUUCUUCGCAUGCAUAUCGAUAGGCCUCUCCAAAUUCCAUUUCUAUUGCAUGUAUGCCACACAAGUCCAACCGUACGACGCUUUCUGUUCUGAAUCCUGCUACUGAAAUUGAAUCGGACCAUCACCAAUGUCGAGGGGGCAUGUCUCUAGGACCGCAUCGGAUACCAAUUAUUGCGCUAUUUUCUCUUUUCUGAGCUACGACCCAAGGGGAUUCAUUGAGCCCAUAAGAGCGAGGAUGAGGUUUAACCUGUCUUCGGACCAGGAAGGAGGGUUAUUGUUUAGGAACAGAACACCUCGUACAGACCGUGACCCACAACGUCAUAUUCAAGUAUCGCCCGGCAACUGUGAAAUCAAAGCCGAAAGGAGAGCGACACAGUGCGCGCGCUAUGGAAGGGAGGAAC